GCAUAUGUAUAAGGAGAAUAGUUAUGAGCUGCAACUGGAUAAAGAAAAGCCUGAGUACCGUGCGUCGCCGACCUUCCGGACGAAUCCUUGGUAUCCAUAGAGAAGCAUAGCGAAAGAAGAAAGUUGAUGAAAGAAAGAAUUUCCAAGUCCUUAUUUCUUUAGUUCGAUAGAAGAAGAAUGGAGAACGUUAAACUUCACUAAAGAAAAGCCUAAGUACCGUGCGUCGCCGACCUUCCGGACGAAUUCUUGGUAUCCAUAGAGAAGCAUAGCGAAAGAAGAAAGUUGAUGAAAGAAAGAAUUUCCAAGUCCUUAUUUCCUCAGUUCGAUAGAAGAAGAAUUGAGAACAUUAAAGUCCAGAGCUUAAUUAGUAAUACCGUGUAUACACUUAAAUAACGAAUAUUGAAACUACUGUACACUUGAUUAGCUAUACAAUUAGAUUCGAAUCACGAUAAGCGUUAAAUUUCACGCGCGAAGGAAGUUAUCGCAACACUUUCGCUAUUUACAAUCGUUGUUAUCGCGUUACCUGAUAAGAGAUAAGACAUCGCCAGUCUCUACAGUCCGACCCGAUGAAUCGGCGCGAGUGUACAAAGAUACUGUUGUUCCAUCGAAAGUUGAACAAUGUCGUGUGUCUCGGCGGGCAAGAAGGGAAAGAAGCCGCGUAUGUGUCGGUGUUUGUCGACGACGAAGGCUUGCAAACCUAAAUAUUUCUGGACCUGCAUCCUGCCCUGCCCGGGCGAUUACAUCAAGCACCCGGUUCUUUACGAACUGUCGAGCAAGUAUGGAGUGGCUGGCAGUGACCAGGUGCCCUUGCCGGUUCGUCUCGACGAGCUCCGGGAGCACAUACGCCGAGAAAUACGCAAGGAGUUGAAGAUAAAGGCUGGCGCUGAGAAGCUGAGGGAAGUGGCGACCGAUCGUAAAGCGUUGUCGGACGUGGCGUCGAUCGUGAAAAAGUCGAACAGUAAGCUGAACGAGCUCCAGGCCGAGCUUCAACAGCUCGAGAGUCAAAUUAUAUUGACGCAGGGCCAGCCGCAGUCGCCCCAACAAAAUCACUCGAACGGUCAAGACACGCCUCUGUCACCAAUGGGGCCGUCGUCGCCGAGUCAGGAGGGUCUAUUCACGGAUCUUCGUCUUUUGUCCUUGGAGAAGCAGCUCAAUAUCGAACUCAAGGUGAAACAAGGGGCGGAGAAUAUGAUACAGAGUUUAACUAGUGGCAGGGACAAGAAACUGCUACAGGAGGCUCAACAAAUGCUGGACGAUUCUCGGGCGAAAAUUGAGUUCCUAAGGAUGAGAAUAAUGAAAGUGCGACAAGCACGUCAGCAGCAACAUGCACGGGGCGAUGCACCACCGCCGAAUGGCGAGGCGACUAGCAAUAAAGACAGGUACGAGCCAAGCUUGGAGCUCGCGUUGGAGGAGCGGGUGGAGGAGCUACGGCAUCGUUUGCGAAUCGAGGCAGCUGUCGUGGAGGGAGCUAAAAACGUGAUACGUCUUCUGCAAAGUGCCAAAGUCGCUGAUAAGAAGGCCUUAACGGAGGCUCAAGCAAGUCUUGCAGAAUCGAGUAGAAAAUUGGACCUAUUGAGAUUAUCCCUCGAGCUUAGACGACAAGAAUUGCCACCAGACAGUGGCACAGCAGCACAGUUGAAGAGGGAACUAGCUAGUGUUCAAUCAGCCAGUCCAGUCCCGGUGACUUACACUUCCUUGCAACCGUUUCGUGGUCCUCUGGAGGGCAGAGCGACUGUGCCUGCUUCGGUCUCAAGAUGUGCAGCUGUUACUGGACAAUUAGAGGUACGAUUAAUGGGAUGCCAAGACCUGGCGGAAGAAGUACCUGGACGUACGAGAAGGGAACAUCCGGCGAGUCCAGAUUUACGUAGUUUUGUUAAAGGAGUUACAGGGCGCAGUUCGAGCAAAUCGUACAGUGUUAAAGAUGAGACUAGUAAUGAUAUUAUGGCGGUUAUUAAACUGGACAACCAAACGGUAGCGCAAACUAGUUGGCGACCAUGUUCCCAGCAGGCAUGGGAUCAAAGGUUUUCCAUCGAACUAGACAAGUCGAGGGAACUCGAGAUAGGCAUUUAUUGGAAAGAUUGGAGAUCUCUUUGUGCUAUAAAGUUUUUACGUUUAGAAGAAUUCAUCGAUGAUGUGAGACACGGGAUGGCCCUGCAGUUGGAGCCACAGGGCCUUCUGUUUGCCGAAAUAAAGUUCUUGAAUCCUAUGAUCUCGAGGAAGCCCAAGUUGCAAAGGCAACGAAAAAUCUUUAAGCAGCAAGUGAAAAAUUUCCCGAGAGCUAAUCAAAUGAAUAUUAACGUUGCCACUUGGGGUAGACUUUUAAAACGAUCCGCGCCCUCGUUACACAAUACAAGAAACUCUGAAAGUCCACCAUCAGGAGCGCAACCUCUGCAGCUUGUUUUCGACACCUCGUUGGAAGACAAACCCGAGACACCUGGAGAAUUGCCCGAUCCAGAGAAAGGAGGUUUGGGAGGAGCUAGACCUUUGGGACUAUCAACCUCUAGUAGUAGUCCCACACUGCCACGUCCUCCGGAACAUCCUCCACCUCCACCGCCCACCGUUACAAAGAAACCCUCGUUGCCAGCACCUCCACCCCCACCGAAACUAGAUCAAGAGUUACAGAGUGCAUUAAGGGAGUUUGAUUUUCUGCACAACGAGGAAAAGGGGGGGCCUCAGGGCGCAAUUUUGAGGCCUCUUGUAACAGAGCCUCGUCCCGUGCUGAUCGCACCACCCUCUCCACGCACACCCUCGCCCCAACCUGUCGUCGAGUUUCCUGAAGAUGAGGUCGUGUACGAAAUGCCGAGCAAGCCUUCUCAGUACAGGGAUAGUGCCUACGAAUCCAGAAGACACUCGCAACUCACUGGAAUGACCAUUGACAACUUUAGGCUACUCUCUGUACUUGGACGUGGUCAUUUUGGGAAAGUGAUCCUUUCGCAAUACAGAAAUACAGGGGAAUAUUUUGCAAUAAAAGCUCUGAAAAAGGGUGAUAUAAUAGCGAGGGACGAAGUAGAGUCGUUGCUUUCAGAGAAAAGAAUAUUCGAGGUGGCCAAUGCUACCCGUCAUCCUUUCCUUGUAAAUCUGUUUGCUUGUUUCCAAACCGAGGCACAUGUUUGUUUUGUGAUGGAAUAUGCAGCUGGAGGAGAUCUUAUGAUGCACAUACACGCGGAUGUGUUUGGGGAACCAAGAGCUGUAUUUUAUUCGGCCUGCGUAGUGUUAGGUUUACAAUAUUUGCAUGAAAGUCGAAUCAUUUACAGAGAUUUGAAAUUAGAUAAUUUACUAUUGGAUACGGAAGGAUAUGUAAAAAUUGCUGAUUUCGGUUUGUGUAAAGAAGGAAUGGGAUAUGGUGAUAGAACGGGAACAUUUUGUGGUACACCAGAAUUCUUAGCACCCGAGGUUCUUACCGAAACCUCGUACACACGAGCUGUUGAUUGGUGGGGUCUUGGUGUAUUAAUAUUUGAGAUGCUUGUUGGUGAGUCACCGUUCCCUGGUGAUGACGAAGAAGAAGUAUUUGAUUCUAUUGUGAACGAUGAAGUUCGGUAUCCGCGAUUUCUUUCUUUAGAAGCGAUAGCAAUAAUGAGAAGGUUACUGAGAAAAAAUCCUGAUAGAAGAUUGGGUAGUAGUGAAAGAGAUGCUGAAGAUGUUAAGAAACAAGCAUUCUUUAGGCACAUAGCUUGGGAUGAUUUACUUCUGAGACGUGUAAAACCACCGUUUGUUCCAGUAAUUCAUUCGGUGGAGGACGUUAGUAAUUUUGAUGAAGAAUUUACAUCGGAAAAGCCUCAAUUAACUCCGCCUAAAGAUCCUAGGCCGCUUAAUGAUUUAGAACAAAUGCUAUUUAAAGAUUUUACGUACAUGGCUGACUGGUGCUAGCCAUAAUGACGGUAAUCGUCUUUUUUGUUAAAUUUGAUACACGAAACGAUUAGCGUUCUAUUACUUUUUCAGACAUCAUUUUAGGGGCAAUCAAAUCGCAAUUAACAACAUCGAUAGUUAUAGAUGUAUUUGUUUAACUUUCAAAAUAAUAUGUUCCACAUUUGAUAUUUAAUAGUGUUAUUGAUUGUACAGAUGUUUUAUUUUUUAGUGCUUAAAAGUAUCAGGCAUAAAGGAUUUAAAAAAGAUACGUUUAAAUGUCGAAUCUCAGGUUUUUAAUUAAUGUGUAUGAAUUUCAGACUUUUAACUCGUAGUUAUAUAAUUCAGGUUUACAUUUAUCGCAAUUAAUUUUCAAUAUGCAAUGUAAUAAAUACUUAGAGUUACUUGAAGUAUCUUAAUAUUGAGAUUUAAUCAAUUGAAAUCCCGGAAAAGAUACAUAAAUUGUACAUGUACUUUUUUAACGUUGUUCGUACUUUGAUACAGAGAUACUAUUUGCAAUUAAACUUUAUAUCGUUCGAUUCAAUAUUCAUCAGAUUUCUUAAUCAUGAUUCUAGAUAUUAACUAAAUGUCUAAAAUGAUAUCUGUUUAAAGUAUUAUUUUACAAUUUUCACUUAUGCACAUUUAUUUUUAUGUAUAGUGAACAUUUUUCCAGCCACUCAACAAUUGUAUCCUUAACAUGAAAAAAAACAUUCAUUGUAUAAACAUAUUAUGAUUUAUAAAAUGCAAAAAAUAAAUCAAAAGGUAGUUGUAUUUGCUCAUGCUCAUGUGAUAGGGAAUUAAAUGAAAAGAUGGCACGAUCUAUAAGUGUUAAGCAAUAUAAACAUAGUUAACACUGGGCGCUCUAAUUACAUUAGUUACGUGUACGUAAUUAUUAACAAAAUCAGAAAAUUGAAAUCUGUUAUUUACAAUAACAUGUAACAAUCUAACUAUAUCAGUUCAUUUUUUAAAUGAACAAAUUUCUACCGGUUUGAUUCCUACACAAUCUUCUUAUUCAUUUUAAUACAUUAAUUAGUUACAUAUUUUCACAUUUCUAGUAUGUGAUAGAAUAUUUCUGCUCUAGAUAUACUUUGUAAAUAUGUAACCAAAUCCUAAAAAGUAAAAAAAAAACAUAACAUUAAUAAGUACAAUGUUUCAGCUUGAUACACU